AUGCCUGAGCCGGGUCCCAAUCCCAUUACAACCGUGGAGCCAGAUGACCAAGCCUUCGAAUUACCAGAGAAGGAUCAUAUCAAAUUCCAAAAGAUGGAUAUUCUCGAACAAUCCAAUAAGAAUUUUGAGCGCUGGUCCGAUAUACGAGUCAUCGACCCUGUGAAAUACGCUAGACCUCCCACAACAGACACGAGACAAAAGAAAUCGCGUUAUUGGUCAAUGAUGAUAGCCGGUUGGCUCUAUACUCAUAUCGACGGUGAAUUGAAGGACUGUUUCAAGGCGUCUUAG